CUACGGAAACAGUGCCAGGACUUCGCUACGGCCUUGCUCGACCACACUCGUUCCUCCUACGAGCUGGAGGUCCUCCUCAACCACGACCCGACGGGGCCUCCGCACGAACACGGGGAACGGAUGCACCUCAACCGCCUCAAGCUGGCCAUCAAGCUGAAACAGAAGAAGUUCGUGGCUCACCCCAACGUGCAACAGCUGCUGGCCUCCAUCUGGUACGAAGGUUUGCCCGGGUUCCGCCGCAAAAACAUGGCGCUGCAGGCGCUGCAGAUCGUCAAGAUCGGCAUCCUGUUCCCCAUCUUCUCCGUCGUGUACAUCCUGGCGCCCCACACCACGCCCGGCCAGACCAUGCGCAAGCCCUUCAUCAAGUUCAUCUGCCACUCAGCUUCCUACCUCACCUUCCUCUGCUUGCUGAUCCUGGCGUCGCAGAGGAUAGAGACUGUCAUCGUGGACUGGUUCGGGGCGACGCCCACUCUCAAGAAGUGGGUGGCCACUGAUGUCACCACCCGCCGGGGAGCCCCGCCCAGUCUGGUGGAGUGGCUCAUACUGGCGUGGGUGUUUGGACUGAUCUGGUCGGAGAUCAAGCAGCUGUGGGACGUGGGUCUGAGGGAGUAUGUGGGGGACAUGUGGAAUGUCAUCGACUUCAUAACCAACGCGCUCUAUGUGGCCACCAUCGCUCUCCGCAUCGUGGCUUAUUACCAGGUGCAGAGGGAGAUCAGAGAGAACCUGAGCACUGAGAACCUCCCCAGACAGGAGUGGGACACGUGGGACCCCAUGUUGAUAGCUGAGGGCCUCUUCGCUGCUGCUAACAUCUUCAGCUCUCUGAAGCUGGUGUACAUCUUCAGCGUGAACCCUUACCUGGGGCCCCUGCAGGUCUCACUCUCCAGGAUGGUGGUCGACAUUCUCAAGUUCAUCUUCCUCUACCUGCACCUCUUCGCCUUCUCCUGCGGUAUGAACCAGUUGCUGUGGUUCUACGCUGAUUUGGAGAAGCAGACCUGCGACGAACUGGGCCUGAACCCGGAGGGAGAAGAUGAGACAGGACCCAAAAUCGACUCUUGUAUUGUCUGGAGGAGAUUUUCAAACCUCUUCGAGACGACCCAAACGCUCUUCUGGGCGGCGUUCGGCCUGAUUGACCUGACCAACUUUGAGCUGACGGGAAUCAAGCCAUUCACCCGGUUCUGGGGCAUGCUGAUGUUCGGCACGUACUCGGUCAUCAAUGUCAUCGUUCUCCUUAACCUCUUAAUUGCUAUGAUGAAUCACUCUUACCAGCUGGUGUCCGAGCGGGCUGACACCGAGUGGAAGUUCGCGCGGAGUAAGCUGUGGAUCAGCUUCUUCGAGGAGGGAGGGACGUGUCCGCCGCCUUUCAACAUCAUCCCGACGCCCAAGAGCCUCUAUUACCUCUUCCAUUGGUUCUACAAGAAGUUCUGCGGUCAGACCAAGGCCGCGAAGAAGGAGCACAUGAGGACGAUUAGGAGGAAGGCUAGACAAGCAAGCGAGAGGGAGUUAAGAUAUCAGAACAUCAUGAGGAACCUGGUGCGCCGGUACGUGACGGUGGAACAGAGGAAGGCUGAGAACCAGGGGGUGACGGAAGACGACGUCAAUGAGAUCAAGCAAGACAUCUCGGCCUUCCGCUGUGAGCUGGUCGAGAUCCUCAAGAACUCGGGCAUGAACACGUCGACGGCGACCUCCACUGGUCAAGGUACUGGCGGCAAGAAGAACCGUCAAAAGGAGAGAAGACUCAUGAAAGGAUUCAACCUGGGCGUGAACUCAAUAAGUUCUAACCUCAGUUUAGGAACGUCGACGGUCCUGCCCCCAACGGUGGAGGUGGCGGAGGUCGCCGUCAAGCGCUCCCCGCAAAACAAGCUAGCGCGGCUGGCCAGGCUGGCGGAGGCGAGACUCGGCCGCCCGACCAACAAGAAGCGUUGGGGCACGCUCGUCGAGGCCGCUAAGAAUGCCAAAGUAAAAAAGUUAUUAUCCAGGUCCCGCUCCGACGAGUCGCUCUCCUCCGAUCCUGGCAACGAGAUGAACGGGGAUUCAGAGGAUGCUCGGGGCGGGACCGAUACCCCGACGCCCCUGCAGAGCCUGCCCCCGGGGAUAUUAAGGGGCGGGGACGGCUCCUCGGAGGGCACACGACGGGAGCGGAGUGGGUCGCGGGGGAGCGGCACGAUGCAUCUGGAUGCGGCGGCGCUGGUGAGCCAACACGAGACCACCAAGAGGCCGCCCAAGAACUCUGUGAGCUUUGAUCAGUCGGCGCUCGCGGGCGCCAGCAGCAGCAGUCCUUCCCACUCAUCCACCGAGACGGAGCCUCCGCCACCCUACCCACAGUGGCCUCGCCCAGUACCCACCGCCUCCAAUCUGACGGAAACAAACCCCACCGCCACGUCGCCCUCGUCAGGUGGUAGUGGGUCUCUGCCGCCACUUGCAGUGAGCGAGUCCUCGGAGCCUCUGGUGAGCGGCGGUCCGCCAGCCAACGGGUCGGUCCAGCCGCCCCGUCUGCCUGGUAUCCAGCCAGUCAACCGCCACAUGGCCGCCGGGUGGCUCUGAUCCUCGCCCCACACCCGCCUCCACCACUUUUUUACCACGAUUAAAAGCCUUUUGGACCAGCAGCAACAACAACACAAGCGCCCUCAUCCACCACCAUCUUUAAAUAGGCCGAAAAUUACCUUUACCCGCGCACUGGCGACCUGACACGCGACUCUUGGGCGCAAUGUACCCUGUCACUGAGAGGGGUCACUCUUCCCCCGCCCCACAACCGGUCACCAUCUGGGGGUGGUGGAAUGAGGGGGACAUUUUCCCCUCAGAUAACCUGGUACAAAGUUCACAAUUGCCUCAUAUGGACCGCGGUACUGCCUCCUUUACCGGGAAGCAACAGCGGAGAAAUGGUGGGAUCGAAGGGAGAACAUACCCCCGUGUCCGAGUUCGAAGGACAUAUGCCCUUGUUCGUGUUCGACCGCAAGUUUUAUACAACUAUAUCAUUGUGGCGGUGUUUAUGAAUAUGUGGGAGUGCACAGGAGGUGUGGUGCAGGAUCCUGAACAUUUCUGACUUUCUUUAACUGUAUGACACGGCUGAAAAUAUAUAUAUAUAUAUAUAUA